CUCUCUCUCUCGCCACCCCCUUCUCCCCCCUUCUCUCUCUCUCAUGUUCACCCACACACAGUGUUGUGUGGUGGUAGUAGCCGGCAGACUGGUGGGUCAUGCUGAUCAGAGCUGAUAAACCUUGAGCUAUUUCCUGUGACCGAGCAGAGAGAGAGACCGGCCAGCAGCAGGCAGGAUGCCGCAGUGAGAAACACCAUUCACAGCUCAAAGUGAAACAGAAGCCAAGGAAGGAGGCCGAAGGGAGCGGAAGGACUGCAGUCGACCACUGGGCAUUCUUGGAGAAGGAAAGGAUCGAAGCCUCUGGAUGAACCAUGGAUGACAGAAUUACAUUUUAAACCUUUUAUCUCUUUUUUUUUUGUUUCACCCCCUUUUGUGGUGCUCACACAGCAGCAAGAGGGUUCCCUCCAAAAAGAUGGCCUCCCACAACAGAGGUCAGAAGAAAACAUAUGUGUCCACUUUCAGCCUGGACCUCAAGUCUUCACGGGCUCCACACUCCCCACAGGUGGUCACAGUACAUGUGGGUCGAGGGUCGGAGAAUGGGGCUGUGGUGAAAAAUAUGGCUAUUUCAGACCAUGGCCGAAAAUCACACACCACAGUAAACACUCCUCCGGCCUCGAAAGCAGCAGAGCGGAGGUCUACAUCUGGGCUGCACAAACAGCAGCAGCCGCAGCAGGAGGUGAAACAUGCGAUCAACAGCCCGUUGGCCACGUUUUCAAAGAAAAGCCCCACCACCACCACCAGGGAACAGAGCAAGAGAGUUGCUACUCCAAAGACCAGAGCCAGCAUCAGCACAGACCCUGCAGUAAAGUUCCAGGAGGCUCCUGAGCAGGUGGAGGUGCGCGUUGGAGAGACGGCCCAGCUGGCCUGUUCCUACAGCUCUGAGGACCCUGUGGCAUCCUGCUGGAUACAUAACCUAGAGCAGCCUGUGGUCAACGAGGCCCGGUCCUCUGUGAACUGCGAACAGCAAAGCAGUAGCCUGAAGAUCUCCGAUGUCAAGCCUGAAGACGCGGGAAGUUACACACUCUUUGUGAGGAACAGGAGAGGCUCUACACAACACACCAUCCAACUCAGCGUCGUCGACCGACCCGAUCCUCCAGCCUCCUGCCCUUUCGUGUCCCAGCUGAAAGUCAGCUCCCUGACCUUGUCCUGGUCGGGCCCGUGCUACGACGGUGGUUCCGCCGUGACCGGAUACGUGGUGGAGCUGAAGCGGGUGGGCCCAGGGGAACCGGGAGAGUGGACGCAGCUCACCGACCAGUGUCGGAACACGUCCUAUCGGGUCCGCUCUGGCCUGGAAACGUCAGGGGAGUACCGCUUCCGUGUGAGGGCCUGCAACGCUGUGGGAACCAGCGACCCCAGUGAGGAGUCUGACUGUAUCAAGAUGGAGGCCAAAGAUGGUCCACAGGAGGAGUCUUACGUGGAUGUAGUUAUCGACACCAAACAUGCUGUCAAGGACCACUACAAUGUGCAUGAGAGGCUAGGAGUAGGGAAAUUUGGACAGGUGUUCAGACUUGUGCACAAAGAGACUGGUCGAGUGUGUGCAGGGAAGUUCUACAAAGGCCGUGGCUCCAGAGACAAGGAAGCAGCCCGGAAGGAGAUUGAAUUGAUGAACGAGCUCCAUCACCCCAAACUGGUGCAGGCCCUCGGAGCUUACGACACGCGCUCGGAGAUCGCCAUGAUCAUGGAAUAUAUCGCAGGUGGAGAGCUGUUUGAGCGCAUCAUGGAUGACAACUUUGAGUACACGGAGCCCACCAGCGUGCGCUACAUGCAGCAGAUCCUGGAGGGGAUGCAGUACAUCCACCGCAAGGACAUCGUCCACCUGGACCUCAAGCCCGAGAACAUUGUAUGUGUCAACACCACCGGUUCACUCAUUAAGAUCAUCGACUUUGGGCUGGCCAGCAAACUAGAUCCACACAACCCCCUGAUGGUGAUGCACGGCACCCCAGAGUUUGUGGCCCCGGAAGUGAUCGGCUACGAGCCUGUGUGCCUGACCACCGACAUGUGGAGCAUUGGCGUCAUCUGCUACAUCCUGCUGAGCGGCGAGUCUCCAUUCCAGGGGAACAGCGAUGCAGAGACACUGGCCCUGGUAACGGCAGCCAGCUGGGAAUUCGACCCCGAGAGCUUUGAAGACAUCACGGAAGAGGCCAAAGACUUUAUCCGAGGCCUGCUCAAAAAGGACAAGAGUUCUAGAAUGUCCUGUGAAGAGGCCCUGUCUCACCCCUGGAUUGAGUUCUUCUCCAGACCUAAGCAGCGGACAACCAAGUCCCUCAACAAGGGCAAGAUGAGAAGGUUCCUGGCCAAACGAAAAUGGAAGAAAGCUGGAAAGGCUGUGUUGGCCUUGAAGAGGAUGGCACACCUCUCUAGUAAAGCAGAGUCUGGACCAGAGUCUCCAAACUCCUCAGCUGAUGAGCUGAGUCUUAGUCCAAAAGCAGAGAAGGCCGUCCAGUCCCUGGAGAAGACCUUGAGGAGUGAGCCUCGUUUCCAGCUCGCCCUGAGCGACACCACCCAGCCCAAAGGCUCUACCGUCCGGCUCAUCUGUAACAUCCAAGGCUACCCUGACCCAGAGGUGGUGUGGCUGCAGGACGAAGAGCCUGUAGCGGAGACAGAGCGCGUUCAGAUCGAGUACGAGGAGGACGGCACCUGUACGCUCAUCGUGGCCGACGCCGAGCCAGAGGACUCCGGGAUAUACAAGUGUCGCGCCAGCAACAAGCUGGGGGCAGCUCUGUGUUCCGCUCGCCUCACAGUGGAGAUGUGAAGGACUUCUGAAUGUGAAUGGAGAUGAAUGCUAGCCGCAACAUUACUGUGGCCCUGGCCAUCUCCGUCAUGUUGUGACAGAAUUCGGAAGCAGUUUGUUCAAAUUGUGGUCCAACUGAAGGACUAAAAGAACACGACUGGGCCGUGAAUGUGACACAGCUAAACUGUAUGAUCCAUGAUCUUUUAACCACAGGUGAAGCUUGAUGACGCAUGAUUAACACGUUGUACUGGGAUUUCAGGGGAAAUCUUACAAUUUUGUACCACCAGUUUUCUGGGCAUCCAUAUUUCCACAUCAUGGUUCCAGUUUUGAUGCUCAUCCACAGUUGCUAAGUUACUGUCGUCAUGUAAGAUUCGCAUGGAGGAACACAGAGACACAAUUUCAUAAUAAUCAGUAUAAUGUAUUUGAACACCUCACAUUUCUUAAUAUAUGAAGAUCACAUGUUCAUAAACUAAUGUUUUUUUUAUAUGAAGUAAUAAGUGCACUUUGUAUUGUCAACUGACCAAAUAAAGAUAUUUUCAAUGAA